AUGCGAGUCCCAGGGGUGAACUUCCCCCCGGGUGUGAAGCUCAUCUCAGGUUUGAAGCCCCCCGCAAGAACCUUCCUCACCAUUUCGAGGUUCCCCUUCUUUAGCAGCAGCCAUGGUUUGCGUAAUGGCCCCCUCCUAAUGACCACCCCUUUGGGGGUAGGACCCCACGGAGCAAGCAGUGCCGGUGUGCAAGUACCCCGUGCACAGCUGUCCCACCACACCUACACAAGCAUAAAUGUUAACCUGAUGGAAGUGACUCUAAUAAACAAUGCCCACCCGAAGAAGACUUCACUCUGUUGCCUGCGCGGGUUUUUCCCCAUGGGGUCCAAACAAUUCAGCACAAAAAAUAUUAGGGGGAGGUUAUUUUACAAAAGGAGGCCCAAGCAGAUACCAAAGCUGAAAAAAAAAAACUGGAGAUCCAAGUGGUUAGAAGGAGCACCACAAAAAAGAGGAAUCUGUUUAAAGGUCCGAGUUCAGACUCCUAAGAAGCCAAAUUCAGGACUGAAAAAAAUAGCACGUGUGAGAUUAUCCACCGGAAGAAUUGUCUCUGUAUACAUUCCAGGAAUUGGUCACAAUUUGAACACACACAAUAUCAUACUUGUACGAGGUGGUAGAUGCAAGGACAUUCCUGGGUGCAAUUACAAAGCUAUUAGAGGGGUCUACGACUUACUCCCCGUUAAAAAUAGAUUUAGGGGAAGGAGUAAGUAUGGGGUGAAACUUUCGGAAGAAAAAAAAAAACACCUACUCGAGAGGUACAACUUUAAGCACAUAUACAUUAGGAAGGACGUGGAAGAGUUUAACAAAUACAAGUGGUUCAAUUACGUCGAUGGGCAGAAGAACCUCAGGCAGAAGCCGCUGGAGGAUGAAGAACCCGUCCCCAUUAACAUCUUCCACUUUAACACCUACUACCGGAACCGCAAGUUUCAGCAGUCCCAGGAGCAGUGA